CUUGAAAGCAAGACAGUUGCAGUGAUAUGUCUCCUAGAUAUAUGAUCUGUGGGGUUGCACCAUGUCCAUGUCAAGCAGACAUCUUCAUUCUUCAAUUGUGAACCCACCUCCUCCAGAGUACAUAAACCGCAAGAAGACAGGACGCUUAACUAACCAACUGCAGUACCUAGAAAAGGUGGUCUUGAAGGCUUUAUGGAGGCAUCACUUUUCUUGGCCAUUUCAGCAACCCGUAGAUGCAGCGAAGCUAAAUCUUCCUGAUUACUAUCAAAUUAUUAAGAAUCCAAUGGAUUUGAGUACCAUAAGAAAGAGACUGGAAUACAAUUAUUAUUCAAAAGCUCUAGAUUGCAUACAAGAUUUCAAUACAAUGUUCACAAACUGUUACAUCUAUAAUAAGCCAGGUGAUGAUAUUGUAGUAAUGUCACAAGAACUGGAAAAAGUGUUCAUGGAAAAGAUUGCAGAAAUGCCACAUGAAGAAAUAGAAUUAUCCGUUGUGGGAAAUCGAGGAGUCAAAAGCAGAAUAAAAAUUUCGGCAGUAGCAGCAGAAGAGUCAAGAGAUGAUUCUGAUUACAUUCCAGUUUGUAAGAAGAAGAUGGUAUCACAGAAAAUGCAUAGGCGUACAUUUCCUUGUCCUGUAAUUGCCAUGAUGCCCAAACGUACAACCCUUGUUCCCUUGUCUGUUAUUCGGUCAAGUACUUCUUCCCAUUCUGCAUCUUCAGUUAGCAAAGUCAAUAAAGGAAUUAAAAGGAAAGCUGAUACAACAACUCCUGCUGUAUCGCUCAUUGCAACCAGCUGUGAAUCUUCUCCAACUUUAUCUGAACCCAAACCAAACAAAAUACUGUCUGGAACAGAGAAAACUAGGUCAGCUGAAACUUCAGCUGUGGACCUGCCUGAUUCUCAGCAUCACAUCCACUUUAUCAAAAGCAAUCAAAUAUGUGAACAGCUAAAGCAUUGCAACAAUAUACUUAAUGAGAUGAUGUCAAAAAAACAUGCAGAGUACGCAUGGCCUUUCUAUAAAACUGUGAUCCCUACAUCCUUGCUUGAUUGUAGUGAUGCCAUCAAACACCCCAUGGACCUUGCAACCAUCAGAGACAAAAUGGAAAAUGGACUCUAUAAGGACACCCAAGAUUUUGCUUCUGAUGUCCGGUUAAUGUUCAUGAAUUCUUAUAAGUACAAUCCGCCUGACAAUGAAGUGGUAAACAUGGCUCGAAAGAUGCAGGACGUUUUUGAGGGCAUGUUUGCUAAAAUACCAGAUGAUCCACUUGCUACUCAGAGUAUGGUAGAGAGAUACAAGACAUCUACUGAAGAAAGUAGUAGUUCUAGCUCUUCUGAACAAAGUUCUUCCUCUGAUUCCGAAGAUGAACGUGCACAACACCUUGCUUUGCUGCAAGAGCAACUCAGGGCAGUUCAAGAACAGCUAAAAGCUUUAACAGAAACACCCAUAUCAAAAGCAAAAAAGAAGUCCAGAAAAGGGAAAAAGAAAAAGAAGAAAAGGGAAAGGAAGAAAUUGUUGAAAAGAAAAUCUUGCCAAGGUCAGAAAAAGAAAAAAGUAAAACAGAAAGAGUUGAAGAAGAGAUCUAUUUUCAAUGAUGCAAAGAAAAAGAAAUUACAUGUUUCUGAUGAAGAAGAGGAUGUUAAACCAAUGAGUUAUGAUGAGAAAAGACAGCUGAGUUUGGAUAUCAAUAAAUUGCCAGGAGAAAAGCUAGGUCGCAUUGUUCAUAUCAUACAGUCCAGAGAGCCAUCGUUGAAAGACUCUAAUCCUAAUGAAAUUGAAAUUGAUUUUGAGACCUUGAAACAAUCAACACUGAGGCAUCUGGAAAAAUAUGUAAUGGUUUGCUUGAGAAAAAGACCUAAAAAGCCAAGCAGUAUAAAAUCUUUAAAAUCAAAGGAACAGCUGAAUAAAGAAAAAAAGCAAGAAUUAGAAAAGCGGCUUCGGGAUGUCAGUGGCCAGCUAAGCUCUGCCAAGAAACCGAAAAUCCAAGAUGAACUAAAUAUUGUCCCACAGCCAAUUGGAGGACCUAGCCGACUGAGUGAGAGUAGUACUAGCUCUUCUGCCUCUGACGUGAGCAACAGCAGUGAUUCCAGUUCUUCAGAUAGCAGCGACUCUGAAUCAGGCCCACAUCACCAGCAAUAUAAUUCUAAAAGAAGUUUGUUUCCUGAAAACCCUGAAAAGCAAGAAAAGGUAUCAAGCAAUGGCACAGAGCCCAGUUUUGCAGGUACAGUGCAACUGAACCUGCCAUCUUUAAGUGACCCUUUGUUGAAAAAUUCCAAUGAUUUUCAGGAACCAGCACCACUAUUUUCUUUAGAUAUUAUGAAGGUUUUGUCUCCACUUCACUCUCCAUCAUUUAAUUAUGAUUCAUCAAAAAGACCUACAGAAGGUUGUCUACAUCAACCCAACAAGAGUUCCUCAGAGGUUUUGCACCCCUCACAAAUAGAGCAGACAUUUGCUAUAAAGGAAACUUCAACUGGCCUUCUAACUCAUCCAGAAUCAUUGAAAGAUAGGAAGAAUGUCUCAAACCAAAGUACAAAGUUAAAAAGUGAAAUAUCAAGCCAUUCAGAUUCUCCUAUCCUGGAAGACAGUGCAAAAGUACACAGUAUCCCAUUAGGCCAGAAAGAUGGCACAGAAAAAGCGAAUGACAUAGAUGAAGUCCAAAAGAAUGCAAAAGUAAAAACUUCCUUCUGCUGGGAAGUUUUUUCAAAAUCUCUGGCUACCACCCAUGUAACCAUAAAGUCUUCAAGCAACAGCUUCCAGCAGUUCAGAAAAGCAGCAAUAGCAAAAGAAGAGCGAGAAAGAGCCUUAAAGGCGCAAGAGUUGAGACGUCUUGAAGACUCCAAAGCUGGUAUGCAGGAGAAACUAAGAGGAAUAACUGGCAGCCCCAGUUUACCUAUGGAAACUAAAGUUCAUGAAAUGCAAGCACAGACUAUAGAUGAGGCAACCAAGGGAGAGCCAACCUGUAAUCCUGUACAUGAGGGAAUUACAGAAGAAGAACGAAACUUGGCAAGAAUGAGAGAACAGGAACGCCGCAGACGAGAGGCUAUGGCGGGGACUAUAGAUAUGUACCUUCAGAGUGAUAUCAUGGCAACGUUUGAAGAACAUUUGUGUUGAGAUAUAAACUUGCCAGAUGUAAAACAAAAUGAUCUAUCUGUGUCAUAAAACUAAAGCACUUUUGUUUGUGUAAAUAUAGUAUCACCGAUAAUAUAUAUUGACUAUGAAAUAUUUUGUAAAUACGUGAUACCUGAUGUACUAAUUUAUGACUGUUAUACUUAAUGAAAUAUUUGAUUCAAUAUUAGUAAAACAGUACAAAUGCAUUUACAACCUAUACCUUUUAGCUGCUUGAACAGUGUCCUUAGAGAUGCUAAGAAAUGUAUUUCUGAAAGUUGCUUUCUAUUGACAAAAGAAAAUGUGUAAACUAUAAAUGUUUAAUAUUUUGUUUCAAUUACCCUUGAAAAUUUUGGGGAAUGUUUUUUUGUUUGUUUUUUUUGUUUAGUUUAGUUCUGUAUUUUUUUUUUACCAAGUAUUUUUGUUUAACUUCAAAAUAAUUUAGAGCUCCAUUUAAUUUAAUAAACUAUGUAACAUGCUUAAACUG